GGGCCCAUCCUGCUGCCGCCGCCGCCACCCGCUUGCUUCAGCUGCCGCCGCCGCCGCCGCCAGACUCCAGGACCGAGCCUGUGCCACCGCCCCCGUGCGCGCCUCGCCACCGCCACCGCCGCCUUCGCCUUUUGUUUCCUCUGCUCCAGCGCCCCCGCCCCGGCUCGCGCUUUGCAGGGGACGCAGCGCGCGCCCCCAGCGGGCCCGGGAAAAGCCGCGGAACGCGCGCGCGCGCCUGCGCGGAGGACCCCCUCCUCCUCCUCCUCCUCCUCCCCACGUGCGCGCGCGCCUCUUGGCCGCGCGCCGGCGCCGCCUGGCGGGCGGGAGGGGAGGUGGCAGGCGUGGUAGCAGGAGGGGCGCACCUCUUUGCUCGCGUCCCCCCUCCCGGAAGGUAGAAGACGGGGAGGCGGGCAGGCUGAGAGAAGAGAGCCGCGCGCGUUCCGACGUGGGUGGGGGCAGCAAUGUGUGGGGUGGUGCACCCAGCAGUCUAGACAUUCCGAUCCUGGUAGGGGGCGUGUGCGCAGGGCGCACCUGCGAGACUACAGAGCCCCGGGCCCGCACGUGUGGAGAGUGUGGACACUUCCGCUGCGUCCCGCUUCUAGCGGCUUAGGGGAAGGGAGGGGGCGGGCGGGUGCCGCGGCCCGGCAAGUGGGGAGGGGGCGGCGGCCAUGGAACGAGUAAACGACGCUUCCUGCGGCCCGUCGGGCUGCUACACCUACCAGGUGAGCAGACACAGUACGGAGAUGCUGCACAAUCUGAACCAGCAGCGCAAAAACGGUGGGCGCUUCUGCGACGUGCUCCUGCGGGUAGGCGAUGAGAGCUUCCCAGCGCACCGUGCUGUGCUGGCCGCCUGCAGCGAGUACUUUGAGUCGGUGUUCAGCGCCCAGUUGGGCGAUGGCGGAGCUGCUGACGGGGGUCCCGCUGAUGUGGGGGGCGCAGCUGCAGCCCCAGGCGGCGGGCCCGGGGGCAGCCGAGAGCUUGAGAUGCACACCAUAAGCUCCAAGGUGUUUGGGGACAUUCUGGACUUCGCCUACACUUCCCGCAUCGUGGUCCGCCUGGAGAGCUUCCCCGAGCUCAUGACUGCCGCCAAGUUCCUGCUGAUGAGAUCGGUCAUCGAGAUCUGCCAGGAAGUCAUCAAACAGUCUAAUGUGCAGAUCCUGGUGCCCCCUGCUCGGGCAGACAUCAUGCUCUUUCGGCCCCCUGGGACUUCAGACUUGGGUUUCCCUUUGGACAUGACCAACGGGGCAGCCUUGGCUGCCAACAGCAAUGGCAUCGCAGGCAGCAUGCAGUCUGAAGAAGAAGCUGCCCGAGCUGCUGGUACAGCCAUUUCAAGCCAAGCCUCCUUGCCUGUGUUACCAGGGGUAGACCGCUUGCCCAUGGUGGCUGGACCCUUGUCCCCUCAACUGCUGACUUCCCCGUUUCCCAGUGUGGCAUCCAGCACCCCUCCACUGACUGGCAAGCGAGGCCGGGGUCGCCCAAGGAAGGCCAACCUGCUGGACUCAAUGUUAGGGUCCCCUGGGGGCCUCAGGGAGGCAGGCAUCCUUCCCUGUGGCCUGUGUGGGAAGGUGUUUACUGAUGCCAACCGCCUCCGGCAGCAUGAGGCCCAGCAUGGUGUCACCAGCCUCCAGCUGGGCUACAUCGACCUUCCUCCUCCAAGGCUGGGUGAGAAUGGGCUGCCCAUCUCUGAGGAUCCUGAUGGCCCCCGAAAGAGGAGCCGGACCAGGAAGCAGGUGGCAUGUGAGAUCUGCGGCAAGAUCUUCCGUGAUGUGUACCAUCUCAACCGGCACAAGCUGUCCCACUCUGGGGAGAAGCCCUACUCCUGCCCUGUGUGUGGGCUGCGGUUCAAGAGAAAAGACCGCAUGUCCUACCAUGUGCGGUCCCAUGAUGGGUCUGUGGGCAAGCCCUACAUCUGCCAGAGCUGUGGGAAAGGCUUCUCCAGGCCUGACCACUUGAACGGACAUAUCAAGCAGGUGCACACUUCUGAGCGGCCUCACAAGUGUCAGACCUGCAAUGCUUCUUUUGCUACACGAGACCGUCUGCGCUCCCAUCUAGCCUGUCAUGAAGACAAGGUCCCCUGCCAGGUGUGUGGGAAAUAUUUGCGGGCAGCAUACAUGGCAGACCACCUGAAGAAGCACAGCGAGGGGCCCAGCAACUUCUGCAGUAUUUGUAAUCGAGGUCUCCAGGCACCAGGAGCCCAUCCCGAAUGGGGGAGCAGCGUUCCACUGCGCCAGGACCUAUGGCAACAAAGAAGGCCAGAAAUGCUCACAUCAGGAUCCGAUUGAGAGCUCCGACUCCUACGGCGACCUCUCAGAUGCCAGUGAUCUGAAGACGCCAGAGAAGCAGAGCGCCAAUGGCUCUUUCUCCUGUGACAUGGCGGUCCCCAAAAACAAAAUGGAGUCUGACGGGGAGAAGAAGUACCCGUGUCCUGAAUGUGGGAGCUUUUUCCGCUCUAAGUCCUACUUGAACAAGCACAUCCAGAAGGUUCAUGUCCGAGCCCUGGGGGGCCCUCUAGGGGACCUGGGCCCUGCUCUUGGCUCACCUUUCUCCCCCCAGCAGAACAUGUCACUCCUUGAGUCCUUUGGGUUUCAGAUUGUUCAGUCGGCAUUUGCUUCAUCCUUAGUAGACCCUGAGGUGGACCAGCAGCCCAUGGGGCCUGAAGGGAAGUGAGGCAAAGGCUGCGUCCCCACAGAAACAGCCUUCCGGGGACUGCCAAGAAAUGCUGUGAAUGCGGAGAGAUGUGAUGUCUUUGGGUUCUGUAGCUGAGAGAUUUUUAUUCAUUUUUAACUCUUCCCCAACCCAAACCCUACUCCUUAUCCACUACCCAUUCCCCCAAUGGUUUGUAGAAAUAGAUCUCAUCUGAUUCUCUGCAGAAAUACCUGCAAAACCCAGUAUGGGACAAAGGCAGAAAACACUACAUGAGCCUCGAAGGCAACACCAGAUCCGGUCUCUCUAAUGGGUAGGAGCCGGAACUCCUGGUGCUCAAUUCUUAGUGACUCUCCCAAACCCAUUGGUAUUCUGGGACUUCAGAGAUUUUGGUCCCCUCCCACUUCUCUAAUUCCUCAUUUGCCUUUCCUGUUUGACCUCAAAAGAAAUCACAGUAGGGUCUCUACCCACUCACACAACCUCAGUGGCCAACAGUUUUUAAAGAAGUCAGGCCUACAGCAAUCCAUGGACCAUGGGGUGAGUGUCCUCCUAGAGUACCCUGAGCUUAGCCCCUGGGCUGGAGGGCCCAGACCUUCGCAAGCCCUGCUGAAAGCUAGCAUUGUGCUUUUAGACAAGCUCAGUUAUUGAGGAUGCCUUCACCCCAAAUUCCAGUUUUUACAUGAUUUUAACCUUUCAACUUGCUGUUGGGUUUUAAUUCUCUAAUUAUUAUUAUUAUUGUUAUUAUUUUUUAGGACCAGUUGUAGUGAAUUGCUACUGAAAGCUAUCCCAGGUGAUACAGAGCUCUUUGUAAACCGCAGUCACACAUUAGGUUUAGUAUUAAACUUCGUUUAGGUGUACCAUAAUUAACUUGGCUAGUUGGUUGUUUGAAGUCUAUGGAAGAAAUAGUUUUAUGCAAAAUUUUAAAAAAUACCAGUCUGGUCAGGAAAAGGUAGAGGGCUUCAGUGCUACUGAGAGCCAGAAAGUGGAGAGAACCAGUAGGUAGGGGAAUUAUGUACCUAGGUUGUGGCCCACGUGAGCAGGUCCAGGUUGAGCUUGUGAUGUGAACUGACUGAUCAGACUGUAUUAAAAACAUUAGUACCUUA